AGAAGAAAAUAGGCUUCAACACUUUCUCCUGCCCUUUUUGCAGUCUCAUCAAUUCCCAAAUUUACAGUGCGCAAAAAUUAUUCAAAAAUCAAAAAAUUGAAAACCUAGGAAGAAGAAGAAGAUGACGGAGGCGGUGAUUAGGAACAAGGCGGGUAUGGCGAGCGUGAAGGAUAUGCCGGUUCUUCAGGACGGUCCGCCGCCGGGUGGUUUCGCGCCGGUCCGAUUUGCGCGGCGGAUCCCUAAUAAGGGACCCAGUGCAAUCGCCAUUUUCCUCGCCACUUUCGGCGCCUUCUCUUGGGGUAUGUACCAGGUCGGCCAAGGCAACAAGAUCCGUAGGGUAUUGAAGGAAGAGAAAUAUGCUGCUCGGAGGGCCAUACUGCCUAUGCUUCAAGCCGAAGAGGACGAAAGAUUUGUCAAAGAAUGGAAAUAUCUCGAGGAAGAGGCAAGAAUCAUGAAAGAUGUGCCAGGCUGGAAAGUCGGUGAAAGCGUCUACCACUCGGGCAAAUGGAUGCCUCCAGCCACUGGGGAGCUCCGUCCUGAUGUCUGGUAACUUCAUGUUACUCCUAUCACUUUGGCCCGUUGAAUCGAAGAAACUUUAUUUUUUUUCCAUAAUUUCCCGAAAGAUUCACAAUUUCCCUUUCGAUUGCUUCCUUUAGCUAAAUAAAGAUGAUGUUGAAAAAUCUGUGUACUUUGUCUUUCAUAACAAUCUGGUAGCUGUUGUUAUAUGGUGCGUUUUGCUACUGGUAUAUUGUCCGUUUUAAGGGCUUUCGUUUCCAUCUUCUGUUGCAGUUUACUGGAAAUUGUUUCUCAUUUCGGAUUAAUUUGAUUUACAUUUAUAAUCUU